UCCUUUUUUUUUUCUCCAUUGCAAGAUGGCUACAGCAAAAAGUGCUUCCUAUGAUUAUCUCAUUAAAUUAUUGUUAAUUGGUGACUCAGGUGUCGGAAAGAGUUGUUUAUUACUUCGUUUCUCUGACGAUUCCUUUACCCCUUCUUUCAUUACAACCAUUGGUAUUGAUUUUAAAAUUAGAACUAUUGAAUUGGAUGGAAAGCGUAUAAAGUUACAAAUUUGGGAUACAGCUGGUCAAGAAAGAUUCCGUACCAUCACUACGGCUUAUUACCGUGGUGCUAUGGGUAUUUUGCUGGUCUAUGACGUUACAGACGAGAAAUCCUUUUCAAAUGUGAGAAAUUGGUUCUCUAACAUUGAACAACAUGCUAGUGAAGGUGUCAACAAGAUUCUUAUUGGUAACAAAUGUGAUGUUGAAGAUAAGCGGGUUAUUUCCGCUGAACAAGGCCAAACUUUGGCAGACGAAUUAAAUAUUCGAUUCAUGGAAACUAGUGCCAAAGCUAAUAUAGGCGUUGAGGAGGCAUUUUUCGACUUGGCUAGGGAUAUUAAAAAGAGGUUAAUCGAUACACAACAAGCUCAGCAAACUCGUCAAAGAGAAGAGGUUAAGCUUGAUAGCUCGCCCGUAAAGACUAAUACGAACGGAGGAUGCUGUUAAAAUAAAAAUUCAUCUCCCCAACCCCCUUUACUCUGACUUUCAAAAAUCAUUUUUUAUGCAUCUUGAGUGCCAGAUCAAAUUAUUGCCUUUACAUGGGGAUUUCCUCCUUAAAUUAUGUACUUCGAUUACA